AUGGACUACCAGAACAGGGUGGGCCAUAAAACCGGAGGCGGUGGUCCUGCCUCCGCUCAGGAUCUUGCGGCACAUAAUCGCGAUCGGUUGCGGCGCCUUGCCCUGGAGACCUUCGACUUAGGAAAGGACCCUUACUUCCAGAAGAACCACCUAGGGCAGCUAGAAUGUCGUCUGUGCCUCACCAUCCAUGCUUCCGAUGCGUCGUAUCUGAGCCACACCCAGGGCCGGAAGCAUCAGAUGAACCUGGCAAGGCGUGCUGCCAAGGAGGAUCGCAACAACUUCUCGAUGCCUCUGCCUAAACCGGUUGGGAUGGCGAGGACGAGCUCAAUGAAGAUCGGCAGACCGGGGUACCGCAUCACGAAGAUGCACGACCCAGAAACGAAACAGUACGGCCUUCUGUUCGAGCUUGAGUAUCCGGAUAUUGAGGGAAAGCCUCGCUACAGGCUUAUGUCUGCCUUCGAACAGCGUAUGGAGCGUCCUCCAGACCCAGCCUUCCAAUUCCUGCUAUUCGCCGCGCAACCGUACGAGACCAUCGCCUUCAAGGUGCCCAACCUGGAGAUAGACGACACUCCAGGAAAGCUUUACGUCAACUGGGAGGAGACAUUGAAGUUGUACGUGCUGCAGAUCCAAUUCAGGCCUGCGCGCACUGCCAAACCACUACCUGCGUUACCGCAUCGACCUAGUGUAUACCAGGGUGUCGGACCAAAGUUCGCCUAG